GUCGAGGUACUAAGAAAGACAAGUUGCGGUGGGCAGGCCAUGUCUAGUGAAGGCGAUUCUGUUUUUCUUUGCUUUUUCUCUUGUGGGUCAUAUCUUAUACGUAACAAAUAAAACAGAAAAUCAUCAAAAAUAAAAAGCUCUCAUAUUGAAAUAUAAUUUCUUCUUCUUCCUCUAGCUACAACAGCUCCGACUCAAAGGCACCGGCAAUUCUUCCUCUUAUCAAAUGCUUAUCUUCCAAAGCUGUUACCAACAGCAAGAGAACAAAAGCUUCUUCCUUUUCCUACAAUGAAGAAAAAGAAGAGAGAUAGCGGCCGCAGCAUCACCGCUGGCAUCUACCGGAUUUUCCUUAUCACGAGGUGGCGCCACCACUCGUUUCAUCUCCUCUACGCCUUUUCGUGUUGCCUCCUUCUCUUUUUCGUUGCUUUCUCUCUUCCCUCUUCGCCUCAUCCUGUCACCUGCUACCAUUACCCAAUGCCUAAAAAAGCAGUCACAGAAAACUCGACUUCGGAUAUAACGACGACGUUUCGUAUAGCGGAAAGUGAAGAGACCAUAGGGCGUGAUUUAUGGAGUUCCGGAUUAUCGAAGUUCUACUAUGGUUGCACUAAUGGCAGCGAUGACUUUCCAACUGCUGAUAUGAAAACGCACCACAAUCGGUACUUGUUGAUUGCUACCAGUGGAGGGUUAAAUCAACAGAGGACCGGGAUAACAGAUGCUGUUGUUGCAGCUUAUAUUUUGAAUGCUACUCUUGUUGUUCCAAAGCUGGAUCAGAAAUCGUUCUGGACAGAUACUAGUGAUUUCUCUGAAAUCUUUGAUGUUGACUGGUUCAUUUCAUUCCUCUCAAAAGAUGUUAAAAUCAUCAAACAGCUCCCAAUGAAGGAAGGAAAAGUUUUGACUCCUUAUCACAUGCGUGUCCCAAGGAAGUGCACUCCAAAAUGCUAUCAGAACCGUGUUUUACCCGUUUUUAAUAAGAAGCAUGUAAAUGCUAUACAGCUUGGGAAAUUUGAUUACAGGCUAUCAAAUAGGCUGGACAUGGAUUUACAAAAGUUGAGGUGCAGAGUCAAUUACCAUGCUUUAAAAUUUACUGAUUCUAUUCUUGAAAUGGGUAAAAAGUUGGUUGAGAGAAUGAGAAUGAAAAGCAAUCACUUCAUUGCCUUGCACUUGAGGUUUGAAGCUGAUAUGCUUGCUUUCUCUGGAUGUUAUUAUGGUGGUGGAGAAAAAGAAAGUAUAGAACUUGGUUCAAUUCGGAAGAGGUGGUUAAGUUUACAUCAAAAGAACCCUGCCAAAGAGCGGAGGCAUGGAAGAUGCCCACUAACGCCAGAGGAAGUUGGUCUUAUGCUGAGAGCAUUGGGUUUCAGAAGUGAAAUUCACUUAUACGUGGCAUCAGGUGAAGUGUAUGGUGAUGAAGAGACAUUAACGCCACUCAAGGCUCUGUUUCCCAAUUUUCAUUCGAAAGAGACUUUAGCCAGCAAGAAAGAGUUGGCACCAUUUUCUUCAUUUUCUUCUCGCAUGGCUGCACUAGACUUCAUUGUUUGUGACGAAAGUGAUGUUUUUGUAAGCAAUAACAAUGGCAACAUGGCUAGAAUAUUAGCUGGAAGAAGGAGAUAUUUUGGACACAAGCGAACAAUUCGUCCAAAUGCUAAAAAACUCUACAAAUUGUUCAUGAAUCGACAUAACAUGACAUGGGAAGAAUUUGCCUCCAAGGUCCGUACUCAUCAAAUUGGCUUCUUGGGAGAGCCAAAUGAGGUGAAGCCUGGCAGGGGUGAGUUUCAUGAAAACCCAUCAUCCUGCAUAUGUGAACAUUCUGAAGCAAAGGCUGGGGGAGAUCUAACUCCUCAUAGUCACAUGCAUGAGGGCAAGGGAGAGGACCACAGAAGGAAUGUUGCUAGUGAUGUUACUGAUGAGCUUGUAACAGAGGAUGAUCAUGAGCAGGAUUGGUCAGAUAUGGAUAAUGUGGAGAACAGAAUUGUUGCUCAAGGAAAGGGAGGUUUGUUUAAUAGUACCUUAAUCAAGAAGGAUCAACCAGAAUUGGAGGAGUUAUUCUCCGACUGACAGAGGAGACUGUUUUUUCAUUGACAGGAUUUGGUAUUCUUAGCCUUACCAAUUUUUCAUCAGAUUCUUUGGACUUUCAUUUCGGCCCUGCCAAAUUGAAAAGAAGCACUUUGUAUAUAAAGGCUGCCAACAUUUCGUAAAUGGUGGGACAUGAAGAUUAGCUGCUACAUUGAGCCUUCUCUUUAAUCUAAAAGCCAUUAAAAUUUUUGGUUAAAGAAUUUUCUUUGUUUCAAGAUGGGUAUAGAACAUGAGCAUAAAACAUGGAAAAGGCAUUACUUGUGUUUUUAUUUUUGUUUUCAUUUGCCUUGCCUUUAAUAAAAAAAAUUACUAAAAAAAGCUCCAAACCGGGACGCUUAUGCAUACCAUUUGGAAGGAAAAAUGUAUUAUAAAGCAUUUCUCGUGCUGGCAUUUUGUUGAUGAA